AUGGGGAAUGAUUUUGUGAUUACCAUUCUUGUCAGGCUGCUGCUAGUACAUGGUUUUACGACCAUGUCAUGCUCUGUGAUUUGUUCCAGCGCCACAAACCCUACUGAUCAAGAGGCUUUGCUCGCCUUUAAAUCCCAGAUCACCUUCAAAUCCGAUGACCCAUUGGUUAGUAACUGGACCACAGAGGCCUCCUUCUGUACCUGGGUUGGGGUCUCUUGCAGUUCUCAUCGGCAAAGAGUCACUGCCUUGAAUCUUUCUUUCAUGGGUUUUCAAGGCACUAUAUCACCAUGCAUCGGGAACCUCUCCUUUCUCACAGUUCUGGACCUCAGCAACAACAGUAUUCAUGGUCAGCUUCCAGAGACUGUAGGUCAUCUGCGCCGUUUAAGAGUCAUCAACUUGAGAUCCAACAACCUGGAGGGAAAAAUUCCAUCAAGCUUGUCACAGUGUCGAAGGCUUCAAUGGCUGCUCCUCCGCUCAAACCGAUUCCAAGGGAACAUCCCCAAGGAGAUAGCCCAUCUCUCCCAUCUGGAAGAACUAGACUUAAGUGAGAACUAUCUAACAGGUACAAUUCCGUCAACUAUAUUCAACAUGUCCACCCUCAAAUAUAUUGAUCUCGUAGUAAACAACCUCUCUGGCGGCAUCCCCACAACUAUUUGUCACAAACUUCCAGACCUUGAAGUGUUGUAUCUAUCUGUCAAUCCACUAGGCGGUCCAUUUCCAGCCAGUUUAUGCAAUUGUACUAGUAUUCGGAGUAUCUCCUUUAACAGAAAUGGCUUCAUUGGAAGCAUACCAGCAGACAUAGGAUGCUUAUCCAAACUAGAGGGUCUGGGUUUAGCAAUGAACAGACUAACAGGCACCAUUCCACUGUCCUUAGGUAAUCUUUCCAGGUUGGAAAUCCUUGAUUUCAUGUAUAACUAUUUGGACGGUGGGAUCCCUCAACAAGUAGCACAGCUAUCUAGGAUGAGAAGACUUCGAAUCGCCUAUAACAAUCUUUCUGGUGGGAUACCUGAAGCAAUCUUCAAUCUUACAUCAGCUUAUGCAAUUAGUUUCAUGGGUAAUCGCCUAUCAGGAAGCAUUCCAGAGCUGACCAGCCUUGGCCUUCCAAAGCUUAAUGAGCUCAACCUGCGAGACAAUCGACUCAAUGGUAAAAUCCCAAAUUCUAUCUCGAAUGCUUCGAGGCUCACUUUCUUAGAGCUAUCAAACAAUCUCUUAAAUGGCCCAGUUCCCAUGAGUUUGGGCAGUUUACGAUUCCUUCGGACGCUCAAUUUGCAGCGAAAUCAACUCAGCAACGACCCAUCUGAGAGGGAACUCCAUUUCUUAUCAUCUUUGACAGGGUGUAGAGAUUUGAUCAAUUUGGUUAUUGGGAAGAAUCCCAUAAAUGGAGUACUACCAAAAUCUAUUGGAAAUCUAUCGAGCUCACUAGAACUCUUCAGUGCAGAUGCAACCCAGAUCAAAGGCAGCCUUCCAAUCAAAAUGGGUAACUUGAGCAACUUGCUGGCACUCGAACUAGCUGGCAAUGACUUGAUUGGGACCUUGCCGUCUUCUCUUGGAAGCUUAAGUCGACUUCAGAGAUUGCGUCUUUUCAUCAACAAAAUAGAAGGACCAAUUCCCGAUGAACUCUGUAACUUAAGAUAUUUGGGAGAACUGCUUUUGCAUGAGAAUAAGCUCUCAGGUCCAAUACCAACCUGCAUAGGGAAUCUCAGUACAAUGCAAGUAAUCUCCCUAUCUUCUAAUGCGCUGAAAUCAAUACCUCCGGGCAUGUGGAACCUCAACAAUCUUUGGUUUCUCAAUCUGUCCCUUAAUUCUAUAACUGGGUAUCUUCCUCCACAGAUUGAAAAUCUGAAGAUGGCAGAAACAUUUGAUCUAUCCAAGAACCAACUAUCUGGAAACAUUCCCGGCAAAAUAUCAAAUCUGAAGAUGUUAAGGCGUCUCAACUUGUCUGACAAUGCAUUCCAAGGUAGUAUUCCUGAUGGUAUCAGUGAGUUGGCUAGCUUAGAAUCUUUGGAUCUCUCUUCCAACAAACUAUCAGGCAUCAUUCCAGAGUCGAUGGAGAAGCUUCGCUAUCUCAAAUAUCUGAAUCUUUCUCUCAACAUGCUAAGUGGCAAAGUUCCAACUGGAGGCCCCUUUGGAAACUUCACUGAUCGAUCUUUCGUGGGGAACGGUGAACUGUGUGGUGUUUCGAAACUCAAACUCCGAGCUUGCCCAACAGAUUCUGGCCCGAAAUCUAGGAAGGUAACAUUUUGGCUCAAAUAUGUCGGCCUUCCCAUUGCUUCAGUAGUAGUAUUGGUUGCUUUCCUGAUUAUCAUUAUAAAGCGUCGAGGGAAGAAGAAGCAGGAAGCCCCCUCUUGGGUUCAAUUCUCAGAUGGUGUAGCGCCCAGAUUGAUUCCAUAUCAUGAGCUCCUUUCUGCUACCAACAACUUUUGUGAAGCAAACCUGCUUGGAGUUGGGAGUUUUGGGUCUGUAUACAAAGGAACUCUCUCAGACAAUACAAUUGCUGCCGUGAAAAUUUUGGAUUUGCAGGUGGAGGGGGCAUUGAAAUCUUUCGACGCGGAAUGUGAAGUUCUGAGGAAUGUUAGACAUAGAAAUCUCGUAAAAAUCAUAAGCUCUUGCAGUAAUCUUGAUUUUAGAGCUUUGGUUCUUCAGUACAUGCCUAAUGGGAGCCUAGAGAGGAUGCUGUAUUCUUACAACUACUUCUUAGAUCUCACCCAGAGGCUCAACAUCAUGAUAGACGUGGCAACAGCAGUUGAGUAUCUUCACCAUGGUUAUUCAGAGACUGUAGUGCACUGCGAUUUGAAGCCAAGCAAUGUCCUUCUCGACGAAGAAAUGGUCGCACAUGUGAAUGACUUUGGCAUCGCAAAAAUUUUCGCCAAAUACAAAUCCAUGACACAAACAGCAACCGUGGGCACAAUGGGCUACAUUGCACCAGAGUAUGGUUCUGAAGGAAGAGUGUCAACGAAGGGAGAUGUCUAUAGCUACGGUAUCAUGCUGAUGGAAACAUUCACCAGAAAGAAACCAACUCAUGAAAUGUUUGUAGGAGGAUUAAGCUUGAGGCAAUGGGUGGAUUCUUCUUUUCCUGAUCUGAUAAUGGAGGUUGUCGAUGCUAACCUGUUGGCACGAGACCAAAAUAACACAAAUGGGAAUCUCCAAACUUGUCUCCUUUCCAUAAUGGGUUUGGGCUUGCAGUGUUCCUUGGAUUCACCGGAGCAAAGGCUCGAUAUGAAAGAAGUUGUGGUUAGACUAUCAAAGAUCAGACAACAGUAUAUCAGCCAGACGUAAUUAAAUUGUGGAUGUAUUCAACUUAUAU